AUGUCCAACAAAAGAGCAAUCAAAGAAGUAAAUCGCACAAUACAGGAAAUUAAAGGCAAUCAGAAUAUUAUGAGCAAGAUGGUGGUACUUUCAGCUGGCGAGCUUAGAGAAAUUUUUCCGAUUAUUAGGAGGGAUACGUUGGCAGAUGAAAUAUCAAAACAUCUGUAUUUUAGAUCCCAGAAGCGAGUGCACAUAACAACGUUUGGAUUUUCAACAGUGUCAAUGGAAUGUUACUCAACGGGUCACAAGUUCGUUUUGGAUGACUAUGAUGCAACUUACAAGCUGGCGAUAAGAAUAUUAAGAGGACUGUGUCUUAAAUUAACAGACGAAAAGGAAUCUAAAGCAUUCAGAGCGCCGGUGUUGGGGAGGCUCUAUAUAACAGCGGUUCACAAGUUCGUUUUGGACGACUAUGAUGCAACUUACAAGCUGGCGAUAAAAAUAUUAAGAGGACUGUGUCUUAAAUUAACAGACGAAAAGGAAUCUAAAGCAUUUAGGUAA